AUGGGAGCGCUUUUAGCUGUGCCGGGAUGCGCUGCAUCGAUGGCCUGCUGCUUCGGCUCUUCGGCGUGUUCAUUGUGCUGCGCGGCAUGCCCUUCUUCGCGUAACUCUACUACAACUCGCAUCAUGUACGCUCUGAUGUUGUUCGUCGGCACGAUCGUUUCCUGCGUAAUGUUAGCACCAUCGAUUCAGCACAAAUUGGCUGAGAACAAAUGGUUCUGCGAUGGUCUCGACAAGAUGGCUGGUAUUAAUUGUGGACACGCGACCGGUUUUCAAGCUGUAUAUAGGGUUUGUGCCGGGAUGGCUUCGUUCUUCUUUAUCUUCACCUUGCUGAUGUUCGGCGUCAAAUCCUCACGAGAUCCUCGAGCUUACAUACAGAAUGGGUUUUGGUUCUUCAAAUACAUAAUUAUGACUGGCAUAAUCGUCGCCUAUUUCUACAUGAGCAGCGAAACCUUGGCUGAACCGCUGAUGUGGUUUGGCAUGAUCGGUGGCUUCCUAUUUAUCCUCAUCCAAUUGAUCCUGAUUGUCGACUUUGCACAUGGCUUGGCUGAGAGCUGGGUCGAAAAGUACGAGGAAGAAGAGUCGCGCUCCUGUUACGCCGGAUUGCUCGCAUUCACUUUUGGUUGCUACGCUAUCGCGAUUGUGGCCAUGGUGCUGAUGUUUGUCUUCUACGCAUCGGGCGGAACUUGCGCAUUGCCGAAGUUUUUCAUCUCGUUCAAUUUGAUCGCAUGCGUCAUUGUUUCGGUUAUCUCGAUCUUGCCGAACAUCCAGGAAAAUAUGCCGCGCAGUGGCUUGCUGCAGUCGGCCAUCAUUUCCUGCUACGUGAUGUAUCUGACCAUUUUCGUGCAUAACGCUACAGAUCCCGGCAAAAAGGAAGAGGGCUACGGCACCCCGAUGCCAGCUCAAUCAAUUGUCUCGCUGGUACUAUGGUUCCUGUGUCUGCUCUACGCCUCAAUCCGCAAUUCGACGAACACUUCACUUGGAAAAAUCACGGGAGGCACCGACGAUGGUACGACUGAAUCGAACGACCAUGACGUUGAAAAAGUGUGGGACAACGAAAAGGAUGGCGUCGCUUACUCCUACUCGUUCUUCCACUUCAUGUUUGGGCUCGCCUCAUUGUACGUGAUGAUGACUCUUACAAGCUGGUAUAGCCCCUCAUCGGACCUGUCGAAGCUGAAUGCGAACAUGAGCUCGGUAUGGGUGAAGAUCGUUUCUUCCUGGAUGUGCAUCGCCCUCUACGCGUGGACGUUGGUGGCACCGAGCGUGUUCCCGGAUCGUGACUUU